CGCGCUCUCUCGUUCGCCAUCCGCGCUCGAGGUCCGCCGCAACCAUUAGUCGAGCGUCUUGGCCUUCCGGGUGUUCUCGACGCCUAGCAGCAUCACCGUCUUCGUCCAAAGUGCCCGCGGGGACGCGAACCGAGACUCGGCAUGAACGAGCGGAAGGAGAAGUGGUCCAGCAGCCUGGAGUUCGUGUGCUCCUGCAUCGGCUACUCCGUGGGCCUGGGCAACCUGUGGCGAUUUCCGUACGUGGCGUACAAGUACGGCGGCUCGGCAUUCGUGCUGCCCUACGUGGUCGUCAACCUGCUCAUCGGCCGGCCCAUCUACUACUUCGAGCUCCUGAUGGGACAGUUCUGCGGCCGCGGUCCCCUAGGCGUCUUCCGCAUGUCGCCCAUGUUGCAGGGCAACGCGUUCGGCAUGAUGUGGGCCGCGUUCGUGAUGACCCUCUACUACCAGAUGAUCAUCGCGUACACGGUGCUCUACUUCUACCACUCCUUCAAGACUCCGCUGCCGUGGACCGACUGCUUCGACUGGUGGGGCGUGGCCCUGGACGGAUGCUUCGCGCGCCGCCGGACGGCGCGCGUUUGCGCCAGCGUCCGCAAGAGCGUCGUGCUCGCGGGCCUCAACGACACCGACGCAGAAUCGCCGGUCGUGGUCACCUACGCGGGCAGCAGCGUGCUCCUGUCGCAGAGCGAGUACGAGAGCCGCUUCGCCGGCUGCGUCGACGCCGACGCCUCGUCGGUGGAAGUCUUCUACAACCGCGUGCUGCUCAACGCGUCGUCGUCCUUCGAGCAGGUCGGCUCCGUCCAGCCCAACCUGGCCAUCAGCUACGCCAUCUGCUGGACGAUCGUCUUCCUCGCCAUAUUCAAGGGAAUCAAGGUGAUCGGCAAGGUGGUUGUGAUCACAGCGAUGGCCCCGUACGUCAUCCUGACCGUCCUGCUCGUACGCGGCGUCACUCUGCCCGGCGCCAGCCUCGGCCUGCGGUACCUGCUGGUGCCGCAGUGGGACUCUCUCUUGAGCCCCGACGUAUGGCGCGCGGCCACCGAGCAGGCCUUCUACUCGCUGAGCAUCGGCACCGGCGGCCUUCUCGUGUACGGCAGCUACCAGCCGUUCCGCACGGCGACCGUAUCGUCGAGCGCGGCGUUCGUCUGCGUCGCCGAUCUGCUGACCAGCGCGUUCGCGUCCAUCGUCGUCUUCUCGGUGCUGGGAAACAUGGCGCACGCGCUGGACAUUCCCGUGGCCGACGUGGUCGCCGCGGGUCCGGGGCUCGCCUUCGUCACGUACCCCGAGGCGCUCUCCCUGAUACCGUUCCCGAACCUGUGGUCGGCGCUGUUCUUCGCCAUGCUCUUCUUCCUGGGCAUCAGCUCGGAGAUAGGCUGCUGCGAGUUCCUGACCGACUCCAUCCGGGAACUCUUCCCAUCCCUCGCCAGGCACCGCGCGCUGACCGCCUUCAUGUACUGCUCGGGCUGCUUCCUCGUCGGACUCGUACUGUGCACGCAGGUGGGUCUGUACGUCAUUACCAUCCUGGACAACUACCUGGGAGGCCUUAUCAUGCUGAUCGCCUGCUUGGCCGAGACGAUCAUAUUUGCCUGGAUCUACGGAAUGAACCGGAUCUGCUUGGACAUCACCUUCAUGACGGGCUCCUGUCCAAGCUACUUCGUCCUGAUCGCCUUCAAGUACUGCGCGCCCGUCGUCCUGGGUAGCUUCCUCGUGUACACCCUGUACGUCUUCCCGAGGAGCACCGUGGGCGACUACCUGCUGCCCCUGUGGGCCGACGUGUUCGGCUGGGUGCUGGCCGUGGUGGGACUUGCGCCCUUGUUCAUAGUCGCCGCGGUCAAGCUCGUGCAGUGCGGGUUCAGCUGGCAUCGGGCCGCUGACCCCGAUUCCGACUGGGGUCCCGAGGAGUUCAAGCACCGGCUGCCGUACCGAGAGCGGCUGUACGAAGCGGGCUUCGCCGAACCGCCCCGUUUCCUCGUGGCGUCUCCGCCGGCUGCCCUCGCGGCGACGGCCAAGACGACUCCCAAUGCGUCUGCGAGCGUCGCCGCGAGGACGAUGACGACUUCUGCGGGCACUGCUCAGCUGGACCACUGGCGGCGACCACUGCAGACUUCGACCGCGGACGGGGACCGGAAGGUGGCCUCCACGUCGUCCAAGGGGUGGCUGUGAAAUAGUCGGGACUCCGCGGAUGACACUGCGCAGUGACUUUGCCCAACUGAGAGAUGGCGGCGUAUGGCGAAUAGGGUGCGCAUCCAUUUUGAUGAUAACGGCGAGAUAACAUCUUUAUAAAGGAAGAAGAAAAGCGUCAGUUUUAAUACUUGCUUCUCUUUUCUGCUCUGUCACGGCGUUUUCGCGACGUGACCAUCAGAAUGUCCAAUUGCCCGUGGGCCAACAAUAAAUGCGCUUUGUUUAGUGUGUG